UAGUGGAGUAGUAUUUAAGUUUAAUUAGGAAGAACGCAGACCUCUACUAAAAAGAAAAAGACAAACCAUAGUAUGCUUUUAAGCUUCAGCUCUCCCUUUAAAUUGUACUAAUUGUUCCAAGGUUUGGCAUUGUUGCUUUGAGAGAGAGAGAGAGAGAGAGGGAGAGAUGGGGAGAGGGAUGAGAGUAGAGGGCUCGAUGAACUAUGGGCUGGACAUAAGUGCAGCAGAAGGAGAAUUCGGGAACUGGACAAACUAUGUGCUUGAAAAAUUGAAGGAAAUAGGGAGAGCGAUGAGCCCACAGGAAUGGAUCAACUUUGUGCGGGAGAAGUUGAUGGAAUUCCUGGCAGUGCUCGAGCACUUCGGCAAGAUCUUUAUGGAGCAACUGAUACACUGGGCCCGAGUUGGCGCUCCCUACAUCGUCGCCGCAGCGGCUUUAUGGAUCCUCCUUCGCUACUUCCGCUGCUGCUGCUGCCGCGUUGUCAGAGGAGGAGGAUCGGUGGCCAAGACGAUGAUAGCUCCUGGAACUCGCGGGACUGUCAGGAUUCUUAGGGCUCCCUUUGAAGCAAACCCCGCAGCGUAUUUCCGCGGUCUCCGAAGAGCGUGAUCGUAUCUGCUUCACCAUUUGAGUCUCUCGAUCUCUCUGUUUGGUAGCCUAUCUCUAUAUAUGUAUUUCUGUGUCAAUUGUUAUGUGUGUUUCUUUUAAUUGCUUUCAUGCCAAUUACUGUUUGCUGAGUCGUUCAGGUGUUUGAACUUACUAAAAGAAUUCUGUGUGUUUGUCUUGAGUAUUUUGUGUAUAAAGAGAGAGGGACCAUGAUCGGUGAUGGUGAUUCGCCGCAAUAUGUAGAAGAUGAUCAGGUGAUGCAUGUUUGUGAAGGGUUUUUAAGUAUACGUUCCUAACCUUUAAUA